AUUUAAUUAUUUUUUGUUGUGUUAUGUUUGUAGCUAUAGAAGAUUGGAUGGAUAGUUUGUUAGAAAGUUUUCGAGUUAUUGCGAAAAACCUAUUAAGUCCCAUGGUGGACUACACAUAAGAAAUAUACUCUAGGGCUGUGUAAUUUGUGAUGGAACGCGGUAAGAUGUCUUCCGCAGGGCGCGUGGCCAAGAGCAAGGUCCCGCAGCACCCGGCGGAUAUCUUUGCCCUCGGAAGCAAGUCCACAGUUGUUGUCUCCAGAGACGCCGAGAAGAGGAACAUUCAUAAACCCUCCACUAGCGGUGUGGAACGCAAACGGGAGCCAUCCGGAUUUGGCAGUGCUCCACCCAGCAAGCGAGCCAGGAUUGGCUCCCCGGCUGAGGCUGUGGGCGGCACGUCUUUGGAGGUUGAUCCGGUGGACUUGGUGCCUAAUGUACUGCAAGCUUUGGACACACACAACUCUGACAAAUUGCUAGGACUGCUGACCGGCUCAAUACGCCUCCUGAAAUCCCAGCGCUCGAAGCCAGACCCUAUACUAUGCAUGAGUAUGCUGUACCUCUGUAAAAUACGUCCCAACAUGUUCGCACACGAGACCGUCACUCAGAGUCUUUGUACUCUACUCAAGCGGGAGCAGGGUGCCGCAUUCAAAAGCAAAGGAAACCCAUUGGUUUUUGUACUUGCCUGCAAUAUGCUGUAUGCUGGACAUCGGGAUAGUAAUAACUGGCCAGAUACAUUUAUAAAAGUGUACAUGGAAGAUGCACUGAACGAGCGCUGGUGGGUGGAGUGCUCGUGGUGCAAAUGUCUGGUGGAGAACAUUGUGACCGCAUUCAGUACCAAACAUCCGCCGUCACAUCUCAUCCCCACUGAAAGCACAUUGGGAACAAUGUCGCCCUCUGGUUCCGGGUCUCCACUCAUGGGCAGCACAGACGAAGACACAGACAAUACAGAGUUGGAAUAUACUGUAUUCCCGAGAUAUUCGAGCAGUUACGAGACAGUGGAAGCGUUGGUGUUGGAAGCCAUUAAAGAACAGAUCCAACGCCGCGCUGCGCCCGACGCCAUUCACAAAGGAUUCCUCAAACUGCUGUCUGCCACGUGCGGCUUCCCGGAGAUCAGGAUGAUAGCCGCGUCGCGCCUCGAGGCGUGGCUGCACUCGGGCAAGCUGUGGCGCUGCGCACAGGAGCUGCUGGCGUACGUGUGCUGCAACGCGGACGCGUGCGGGCCCACGGCGCAGCGCGACCACGAGGUGCUGGCGCAGCUGGCCCGGAUGCGGCUCAAGACUAAGGCGCUGCAAGCGGCCUAUCAGGCUUGUCUCAGAGAAAUGGUGUCAGACAGCCCGGCGCUGCUGCGCAGCGUGGUGACGCACACGAUCUACAACGAGCUGUCCAACGUGCGCUCGCCCAACAACAUGGCGGUGCUGGCGGCGCUCGUGCAGGCGCAGCCGCAGCUCGUGCCCGCGGCCAUGGCCGACACCUACCAUGAGCUGCUGGUCCGCGCUGAGGACUACCUGCGUCCGCUGCGCGCGCUCACGCGCGAGUGCGUGCGCGCGGCGCGCGCGGAGGCGGGCGCGGGUGCGGGUGCGGGGGCGGGGGCGGGGGCGGGGGCGGGGGCUGGGGCGGGCGCGGCUGCGCUGGCGCCGCUGGCGCGCGCGCUGGCCGCGCCGCCGCCGCACGAGCCCGCGCCGGAGCUGCGCGACAGGACCUUCCACGCGAUCGCAGACUUGUUCUGCUGUUUCUGCAUGCUUACGGCGCAGCACAGCAAGCACCUGCCGGAGUACCGGCAUCAGCUGACCGUGAUCCAGGGCUCUGCCCUGGUCUGGUUGCUGGAGGCGCAGCCGCUGUACCGCGCGCAGCAGCAGGACUUCCGCCACGUCCUCAACAAGAUAAUGUUCGUGGAGCCGGCCGAGACAUACAGUAAGGUGGACAACUGGCCGCCGGAGUCUGAGCGCGCGUUGACGUACCGCUUGUGUUGCGAAGCUCCGUUGCCUCAGAACAAUUUGCUGAGGAUCAUCUUCAUCGGGCUUGCUAAGGACAUGCCGGUGAGCCCGGCGGAGACGCUGGAGCUGGCGGAGCAGCUGGUGCGCCGCGCAUGCGCACUGGCGCCCGCCGACUGCCCGCUGCAGCUCGACAAGCUCGAGCUGGCCGACUACAUCUUCCAGCUGUGCCAGUUCAACCCGCCCGACAACAUCACGCUGCCGCAGGGCUACACGCCGCCGCAGCUGGCCAUCACGUCGCUGUACUGGCGCGGCUGGCUGCUGCUGGUGAUGCUGGCCGCUCACAACCCGGACACGUUCGCUGAGCGCGCCGCGCUCACCUACCCCACGCUCAGGGCGCUCAUCGAGACCUGCAUCACUAACAAACCCAGCAUAGAAUGGAACACGAGCGCGAGCGCAGCCGCGGAAGCGGAGAGGGCGGAGGCCGAGCGCGCGGCCAUACUGCAGCUGGAGGCCCACCUGGCCGCCGCCAGCAACGCCAAGCUGCCCGUCACUGAACACACUUCGCGGCUGCUCAGCCAGCUGACCAUCCUAGACCCCCUGGGCCCAGCUCGGAAGCCGCCGCCGUCGGUGUUGGAGACCCUGCAAGCGUUGUCCUCUCAGAUGCGCCUGGGCAAGCUGUUGUGUCGGCAGCCGGCGCUGUUGCUGGACCUGGUCGAGAGACACGGAACCAGAAGGGCCAUGCCUUGGCUGCACCAACUGUUGAGACACGAUCGGUUGGAGCUCAGUGUGUUGCCAGUGCAGUGCCUGUGCGAGUUCCUGUCGGCGGGGGUGGGGGGGGGACCCUCGGAGUCGGGGAAGGCUGGGGAGCUGUGCGCGCAUCUCAGGAGGACCGUACACGAUAGCGAGGAGGGCGCUCGUGCGGUGUUGCACUACUACAUGCAGCGGCUGUCGCAUGCGCACGCGCAGACCAGGGCUGCCGCCACCAGGGGUUUAAAACUAGUGCUGAUGCAAUCAACAGACGACGCGACGGAGAUGGAUUAUAACGCGGACGUUAGCCCAGAAGAAUGGCUUGACCUGGUGUGGGGCCUCCGUCACUGGAGCUGUGUCCGGCACGAGGUGGUGUCGCUGGUGCGCGCGGCGUGCCUGGCCGAGUGUGUGCCGCAGCACGUGGCCGCGUAUGUGGCCUUCCUCGCGCGGCACGUGGCCGCUGAGCCCGCCGCCGACCACACCGACCUCGUGCUCGACUUGACGCAGGUGUUGAUGGAGCGGACGACAGUGAUCGGCAGCGUGCUGCCGCCGGCGGAGCAGCGUGAGCCGCCGCCGCCGCCUGCGCCCGCGCAGCACCGCACGCUGCACGCCUUCACGCUCAUACUGUACACGCACAUGCGACAGCAAAUGCAGUCGGGCGAUUCCUCGUCCCCGGAGCACAGCGCCGGCUGGCCGCCCGCGGACCGCGUGUGCCUGCAGUGGGCCAGCGGCCGCAGGGCCACGCUGCACGUCAACAUUGCGCAGGCGCACCUCAAGCUGCUGUGCUAUGGGCCGGCUAUAUACGACACGAACCAGGAGAUGUACUCCUGGCUUCUGAACACUUGGGUGGGGGCCGACGCUCCCGCGGCGACGGUGGGGGGCGUGGGCGGCGACGCGGCCGACAGCGCGCUGCUGCCUGAUUGGCUGCGGCUGCACCUCGUGCGCUCCGCCCGCGCGCCGCUAUUGGACGCCGGCCUCAGGUCGCUGCCGGCCAACAAGCUCGCGCUCUUCAUACAAACGUUCGGAAUGCCCGUCGCAUCUAUGAGCGCCCUGCUGUCGGCGCUGGACGCGUGCCCGGCGGGGGCGGUGGUGCGGCUGGGCGUGGAGCGCGGCUACAUGGCGCAGCUGCUGCGCGUGCAGCGCGCGCGCGGCGCCGUCGGCGGCCACGCCUUCGCGGCCGCGCUGCAGCUGCACACGCCUGUUUACCCUCCAGAUGAGAACCUCUUCGACGAAGAGCCUUUAGUAGAAGAAGCGUCAGACCCAUGGGCGAUAGCGCAGCCGGUGCCAGCGUUACCGUUGGAGCUGGUGCCCAGCUUGCUGUCCAACAUGUUGGACGGCAUGCUCGUGUUCCGCGGAGACGCACACACAGCUUUCACACACCUCAUACAAUUGGUGACGUCAGAAGUAAAGCAUGCAAAGAGCAGUAGCCAGCCCCGCAACACGGCGUACACGGACACAGUGGUGGCGCACCUGCGACGUGCGGCCGCGCGCGGCGCCGGUGUGGCCGCGCUGCCCGCCGCCGCGCUGCUGCGCGCGCUGCUGCCGCUCGACAGCGCUGACGUCGCCGAGUGCGCGUCAGCCUUGCUGUCGCAGUCGAAGUGCGUCGGGACGCCGCUGGCGGCGCGCGCGCAGCGCCGGCCUCUGCCCAAACUUGACGUCAACGCCGACAGGGAACACCUCGUCGCUUUAUUAGAAGCCGCGACGCCGAGCACACUGGAAGCCAUUGGGAAUCAUAUCAUAGAAACACAGGACACACAACUAGUUGUGGACGUCAUAUCACACCUAUUGGAGAAGAACCAGAAGGGGCAGUAUGAAGUGCAGAUUAAAAGCGAAAGCGGCGAAGUCCAACCAGCCCUGUUUUCCCGCGGAGGCCUGGGCUGUGGGCUGCUGCUGGACUGGCUCGCGGAGCUGCAGCGGGAGAUCCUGGGGCCCGACCCCGGCAGGCAGAUGAGACUGAUGUUUGUCGAGGGCUGCGCGGCUUGGCGGCCCCUGUUGGUGACGUUGCUGGCGCACCGAGCUUGUUGGCGGACUCUGCACACAGCGCUCGAAUCUCUGUUAUCUGUGGACGGCGAAUGGGCGGCGAGUUCGGUUCUGGACUUCGCGGAGACCCUGAUCGGGAGUCCCCGCGUGUGGCAGGGCCGCGACAGGGUGACCCCGCGGCACUGCGGCGUGGAGGACACGCUGCAAAUGAGGCACGACCAGUUGGACGUGCUGAUCCGCUACGUGGUCGCCGAGGCCGAGGAGACAGCUCGCGCCGGCGGCGGCGAGGCGAUGCGGCGCCGCAUCGAGUCCCGGUUGCCUCUCAUCCUGCGGUGCUGUGGCUCCCCGCACGCGCUGCUGGCGUGCGCGCUCGCCGCCGCCAGGGAACAUCCUAUGCUACUCUUAUUGUUGUAUAUGAAGGUGCCAAAGAUCCUGCAACUCCUGCGCACGUGCGAGGAGCGGCCGCCGGCCCGCCGCGGCGUGUGCACGUCGCCGUCGCUGUCGGCGGCGGCGGCCGCGACCACCAGCGCCUCCGACCGCGUGUCGCACGCGCUGCUCACCGCCAUAGCGGCCGCUUCCAGCGCCAACCACAACUCUAACAAACUCCAGCGCAUGGAGGCCGGUAUCCGCAGCGUGUGGGCGCGCAUGGAGCGAGCGGGAACUCGCGCUUUGCCGCUCGCGGGCGCUUUGUUACGGGGGUCGCUGCUGCAGCACCAGCGGCACCACCACCACAUCCUGGCGGCCGUCGAGGUGCUGCCCGACGAGGAGCUGUUCGCCGACAACGUCAGCGAGGAGGUGCACAACAUACUGGAGUGCUUCCUCAACAUAGCGAAGCAGAGCAGCGGCGGACGCGAGAGCAGCCGAGACAACGCGCUGCAGUACCGCGUGUGCGCGCUGCUGCGCCGCUACGUGACCGCGCGGCCGCAGCGCGCCGCCGCUCUGCUGCACGCGCACAGGGACACGCUCGCGUCGAUCCCAGCGCUGAGCGCCCUGAGCAGCCUGGAGGCGCCGGCGCCGUCGUCCGCGCUGCCGCCGCCGCAGCCGCUGCAGGCGCUGCAGCGCAGGCUCGACAGCCCCGACGAGCUUCUCUGCUGCAUACAGGAGAUAGAGUUGUGGGGCGCGCGUCGCGGCGGCGCGUGGGGCGGCGGCGGCGCGGCGCGGACGCUGGCGCGCGCGCUGGCGCCGCUCACUGCGCAUGCGCACGCUCCGCUGCGCGCCGCCGCGCUCGCGCUGCUGGCCAAGCUGCUGCCCGCCGUGCCCGACACCAAGCCAGGUCUAGACGCAAUCCUUGAAUGCAUAGACUCCAGCCAGCCAGAGAUCACCCAAUCAGUGCUCGAGAAACUCCCAGAGCUUGUGAUUGGUUUGCAGGAACACGCAGCGCGUAUACUGAUGCGGGUGUUCGAGCUGGGCAUCAAGUCGCGGCAGCCGGUCGAGACUUGUCUCGCCAAGUGUGUCACCACCAUCAACUUGCAUAGGGGCUGCUAAAACAGAUUGUUUGACGAAUGGGGGAGAUCUGGGGGAGAUAGGUUAAAUAAAAAUGGUUUUGGACCCGUUUCACUGCUUGUUUGAAAGUAUCGAAUAGACUAUAUGUAACAUAUGAGUAGUUUUAAAAUUUGGGUUUCAUUAGUGUUGGAUAGGGCUACCUGGUACCAUCAGGCAGAUUGAUGUAGCAGUUAGUUUUAUUUGCCAGAUUACAAUAUAAAAUUUUAUCAGAAAGUGGUGGUGCGGUGUACAGGCCCUUAACAAAUGUAAGUUUCAUGACGUGGAAUAUUACAUGUAAUUAACAAUAAAUACAAAUAAUCUAGCA